AUGACCAAGAGUGACUCGGUCUACAGUGAGGAGCAUGAUAGGGUCAACAUAAGUGAUGAUCAACAGACAAAGAAAGAGAUCAAGUCCUUGCAAGAGAAGAUCGAUUUGCUUCUUUCCAACCAAGCUAAACAGGAACAAAUGAACUUUGUGGGUGGUCCUAGUCAAGAGGUUCCUCCUAAGGUCAAUGAGGUCGAUGGUUUGGAAGGCCAAGAAGAGCUAUUCUUCAUCAACAACAAUGGUACUUGGUACAGGAAGGAACCGAAUUUUCAGUACAACAACUACCAGCAAAGGUCUUACUCCAACAACCAACAAGGAGGAUACCAACCAAAGCAGAACACUCAGCAAGGGAGCUAUCAGCCGAGGCAAAACAUCUCUCCUGGUUUCAACAAUCACAGCACUCAGUCUACUCAAGCUCAAGGAAGUUCUUCACAAGCUCCAGCUUCAGAUACAAGUGUGGAUGCAAUGUUCAAGAAACUCUUAGAUUUUCAGGCAAAGAAUGAGAAAACAAUGGGCUAUGAGUUCAAGAACAUUCACUCCAAGAUUGAUGGAAGGUACAAUGUGCUCAACAACAAGAUCCGUAAUUUGGAGAACCAGUUUGCUUCUAUGAACUUUCAGCCAACUCGACAACAAGGGUCAUUACCUGGAAAGCCAGAGCAAAAUCCCAAGGAAACAAUGAAAGCAAUCACCCUACGGAGUGGUAGAGAGCUGCCUCCAAGAGUUCUCACCAACGAUGGUGAAAAACAAGGUGGGGAGGUGGCCAUCAACAUUGAUGAUGAAGAGGUGAUUGUAGAUGAGAAGGUUGAUGAAGAGAUUCUGGAAAAGAUUGUUGAAGCUAAGGGUAAAGGGAAGGUUGGAGAGGAGAAGAGAACAGUGAAACAUAGUGAAACAACUACUCCAACGAAGGAAUCCUCUUUUGUUCCUCUUCCUUAUGAGCCAAAGCUGCCAUUCCCUGAAAGAUUCAAAAGACAGCUAUUGGAGAAGUACAAGACACUCUGUGAGAAACAAAUGAGUGAAGUUCAGGUCACAAUGCCCAUCAUUGAUGCUUUCAUGUUGGUCCCUCAGUACAGAAAAUUCUUGAAAGAUGUUGUAGCUGCAAAGAAGAAAGAGAUGGAGGGCAUGAUGAUCCUUACCCACGAGUGCAGUGCCAUUAUCCAGAGGUUAGAUGUUCCAAGGAAGCUAGUGGAUCCAGGAUGUUUCACCUUACCUUGUGCUCUAGGACCCAUGGUAUUUGAACGGUGUAUGUGCGAUCUUGGGGCUAGUGUCAGCUUGAUGCCUUUGUCUAUUGCAAAGAAGCUUGAAUUUACUCAAUACAAGAAGUGUAAACUCUCUUUGGUGUUGGCUAAUAGAUAA